GUUCCAUUCUCUAUGGUAUCAACUUGGAUGCGCUAAUUUAACUUCUUAAAAAAAUUAAUUAUUUCUCCUUAUUAUUAUAUAUAUAUAUGACUCAAUAGUAUCUUUGUUUUGUUAUUAGAUGAAAAAAAUAGAGAGGGCAGUAUAGUAAGCAAGCAGGGGAGAGGACUUAAAGAUUGCAGAGAGGAAAUGACAAACUUGCAACUCAGUGAUUGAAAUGAAUGAAUGAAUGAAUCAAACUAUUUUUCAGACUUAUAAUAAUUAUUACUAAACACUACUCACUCACUACUCUCUCUUCACUUCUCAUUUUCAUUUCACAAGAGAGAAGAAGAAGAAGAAACAGAAACAGAGAUCCAUUGUUAUUGUAUCCUUCUUCUUCUCUCUUUCUUAACUUCUUCUUCUUCAAUUUCAUCAUCAUCAUAAACCCAACUUCAUUCAUUCAUUCAUUUCCUUCAAAAUCUACAUCUACACACAACACGACACAACCUCGAUCUUUUCUCCAUCAAUGGCCGCCGCCGCCGCUACCACUACUUCUUCCAUCUACACGUGUCUUGAACAACCAUCUUGCAUGUCACUCACGUGCGAACCCACUCACCACCGUAUCAGAAGAACCUCUUUUCACUAUUCCAAAACCCGUACCACUAACAAUCUUUUUCGAUCCAAUUUCAAUCGCACUACCAGACCCAUUCAUUCUUCUGGUAAAACAAGGGCAGUAGCUUUGGAACCUGUCCAAGAGGUCACAAUAAAGAAAAAACUUCCUACAAAGCAAAGGCGAGUAGUUGUAACAGGCUUAGGUGUGGUUACUCCACUUGGUCAUGAUCCAGAUGUCUUCUACAAUAAUUUACUCAAUGGUGUUAGUGGUAUAAGUGAGAUUGAGAAUUUUGACUGUGCAGAAUUUCCAACGAGGAUCGCUGGCGAAAUCAAGUCUUUUUCAACUGACGGCUGGGUAGCACCAAAAUUUACAAAGAGAAUGGAUAAAUUUAUGCUCUAUCUGCUAACAGCCGGAAAGAAAGCAUUGCUUAAUGCUGGAAUUACUGGAGAUGUGAUGGAUGAGUUGGAUAAAACCAAAUGUGGAGUUUUAAUUGGCUCAGCAUUAGGUGGCUUCAAGGUUAUUAGUGAUUCCAUUGAAGCUUUACGAAUAUCAUAUAGGAAGAUGAAUCCUUUCUGUAUUCCUUUUGCAACAACAAAUAUGGGCUCUGCCAUGCUUGCAAUGGAUCUGGGAUGGAUGGGCCCAAAUUAUUCUAUCUCUACAGCUUGUGCAACAAGUAACUAUUGUAUAUUGAAUGCAGCAAACCAUAUCAUCAGAGGUGAAGCGGAUGUGAUGCUUUGUGGUGGCUCAGACUCUGCAAUUAUACCAAUUGGUUUGGGAGGCUUUGUCGCAUGCAGGGCACUCUCACAAAGGAAUACUGAUCCUUCUAAAGCGUCACGCCCUUGGGAUACUAAUCGUGAUGGAUUUGUCAUGGGGGAAGGUGCUGGUGUUUUGGUUUUAGAAGAAUUGGAGCAUGCUAAGAAAAGAGGUGCAAACAUAUAUGCAGAAUUUCUUGGUGGAAGUUUCACCUGUGAUGCAUACCACGUGACUGAGCCACACCCUGACGGGGCUGGUGUAAUACUUUGCAUUGAAAAGGCAUUGGUUCAGUCUGGAGUUUCAAAAGAGGAUGUGAAUUACAUAAACGCUCAUGCCACAUCAACACCAGCCGGUGAUCUUAAGGAGUACCAAGCUCUAAUUCAUUGUUUUGGCAAAAACCCCGAGCUUAGAGUGAAUUCUACGAAAUCUAUGAUCGGUCAUCUACUAGGUGCAUCCGGUGGUGUAGAAGCUGUAGCAACAGUACAGGCAAUCAGGACAGGGUGGGUUCAUCCUAAUAUCAACCUAGAAAAUCCAGAUAAAGAUGUGGACACUAAAGUGCUUGUAGGCCCAACAAAAGAGAGACUGAAUAUCAAAGCUGCUUUGUCUAAUUCAUUUGGAUUUGGGGGACACAAUUCUUCAAUUGUAUUUGCCCCUUAUAAGUGAAGCAGAUUUCAGAUAAUACUAAAUUCAUGUUACUAUUAUAAAGAAGUUACCUAGUACCGAUGCAAUGUGUUGCUGCAUAAGAAACUCUACUAUUUGGAUGGGUGAAAAAUAUAUAAGGCUAGAAAUAUUGUUGAGAUGGCUUAAUGCCUUAUAGAAUGAGAAAAUGCAUAGAUUAUUAUUAUGUGGUGCUUAUGGUGGGAGCAAGUGGGUCUAUCCUCUCUCUAUCUUUAUCAUGAAUGGCUGAAGUAGGAAUUGACCCCCCCUUUGAUGUAACCUUUUAACAACCACUUGGUUGGAUAUCAUAUCAAACACUCUUAUUUUUUGUUUUAUUUCCAUAUAUAUUGUUAGUGCACAUUGGGAAAUAAACAAUUUCAGUGAUUUUUCACAGAAAUUUUAUACCCUUGAAAUUCAUUCAUAUUUGUUGA